UGUUAGUUCUCUAAGUGAGAAGUGGGAGCUGCUUGCUGUUAAAUUGUAACCAUAGUUAUCUGCUACUGUCCUGUCGCAAGACGGAAGGGAGGCUUCGAGGAGUCAUAAAGGGGCAUUAAAUAUUCAGCCAAGAACUGCAAUGUGCUAUGGAAUUAGUUUCAGGGGAAGAUGAAUGUCUUUGCCAGAGACAAAGAUAUUGUGUUGAGCGACCAAUAUAUACCCAGGAAUAUCUACAAGAACAGCUGCAUUUGAGGAAGAACGAACCGCCAUCAAUUGUUCGUAGAAUAUCACAUUCUUGCCGCUGCUCUGGUAAAAAGGCAAAGUCCCAACUUUAUAGUUUUCUCCCGAUUUUGAAAUGGCUGCCACGUUACCCAGUGAAGGAAUAUCUCUUAGGAGACAUAGUUUCAGGGUUGAGUACUGGAGUCAUGCAGCUUCCUCAAGGUUUAGCCUAUGCCUUGCUGGCAGCUGUGCCCCCGGUCUUUGGGUUGUAUUCCUCCUUCUAUCCAGUAUUCCUCUACACGUUCUUUGGAACAUCAAGACAUAUCUCGAUAGGUACCUUCGCAGUCAUAAGCUUAAUGAUUGGUGGGGUUGCUGUAAGAAUAGCCCCAGAUGAGAGGUUCCAAAUUGGAGGAAUGAAUUCAACAAACAGCACUGAAGAACUGGAGAAGAUUUAUGAAAGAGACGCUCUCAGGGUGCAAGUAGCUGUCGCCAUCACGCUGCUGACUGGCCUCAUCCAGCUAUGUCUAGGUAUCCUUCGGUUUGGCUUUGUCGCCAUCUAUUUGACGGAGCCUUUGGUACGUGGCUUUACAACAGCAGCUGCCGUCCAUGUCUUUACAUCGCAACUAAAAUACCUCCUAGGAAUUAAAACUACAAGAUACAGUGGACCGCUUUCAGUGAUCUACAGCUUAGUUGCUGUGCUCUCCAAUAUCAAAACUACAAAUAUUGCUUCCUUGAUUGUGGGAUUCGUAUGUGUUGCGUUACUUCUGGGAGCAAAGGAAAUUAACGAUAGAUUUAAGAAGAAAUUACCGGUCCCAAUUCCUAUGGAGAUUAUUGUUGUAAUCAUUUCAACCGGAAUCUCAGCUGGAUUAACACUCAAAGACACUUAUGGAGUAGAUGUUGUUGGAAAUAUCCCAACGGGGUUUCGGCCUCCAGCUUUACCUGACUACAACCUUUUUUCAGCUGUGUUUGUGGACGCGGUGGCCAUUGCUGUUGUUGGAUUCUCCAUGACAAUCUCUAUGGCCAAAAUAUUUGCCCUUAAACAUGGCUACGCAGUAAAUGGGAAUCAGGAACUAAUUGCUUUGGGGCUCUGCAAUUCUGUAGGCUCAUUUUUCCAAACAUUCGCAGUGACUUGUUCAAUGUCUCGGAGCCUUGUACAGGAGAGCACUGGAGGAAAUACGCAGAUUGCAGGCCUGUUGUCAUCUAUUAUGGUGCUAUUGGUCAUUCUGGUCCUUGGUUAUCUUUUUGAACCUUUACCCCAGACCGUGCUGGCUGCCAUUGUGAUGGUGAACCUGAAGGGGAUGUUUAAGCAGUUUGCUGAUAUUCCACACUUAUGGAGAAGUAGCAAAAUAGAGCUGGUAAUUUGGGUAGUCUCUUUUUUGGCAUCUGUCACCCUGGGACUGGAUUAUGGUUUGCUUGUAGCUGUGGCAUUUGCAAUCGUAACAGUGAUCUACCGCACACAAAGUGCACGGUACCAAAUCCUUGGUCAGGUUCCAAACACAGACAUAUACUGUGAUGUAGAAGAAUAUGAAGAGAUUAAAGAAUUCUCCGGGAUAAAAAUAUUUCAGGCAAACACAUCCCUUUACUUUGCUAAUAGUGAACUUUACGUCAGCGCCCUUAGGAAAAAGACUGGAAUUGAUCCUGGUGCUAUACUGAUUGCCAAGAAAAAGGCCCAGAAGAGACAUGCCAAAGAAUUGAAAAAGGCAAAGAGCACUGAGAAGAGAGCUGUGUUAAAGCUUACCAACGAUGUAGAAAUGGCUGUAAAACAUGAACUAAUGGAUGAUGAACCAAUGACAGAUUUGUCUGCUAAUGUGAAAAAUGGAUCCGCUGACAGAAACACACAUAACACCCCAUCAGAAGAGCUGGAAUACUUUAUGACCCCAGUCAUCAAUGUCCAUUCCAUCAUUCUUGACUUUACUCCAGUCAACUUUAUAGACUCUGUUGGAGCGAAAACACUAAAAUCUCUAAUGAAGGAGUAUAAAGAAAUUGGUGUCGAUAUCCUCAUAUCUGGUUGCAAUGGACUUGUCAUGCAAGAUUUGACCAGGCUAAAUUUUUUUGACCAAACCAUCAAGAGAGACUGUGUAUUCCACAGUGUUCAUGAUGCUGUGAUCCACUGCAAGUUUAAGGCAUCCUGCUCAGCUCUCACAUCUUCAGAGGAGCAGGUUCUGACCUCAGACACGCAAAGCCAGACUUGAUCUCUUCUGCAUUAAGGCAACAGUGCAAUAACCUCUUUAAACCUUUUAGUGCCAGAGGGAGGUCACUCUCUAGUGCACAAAGGGUUAAAAUUGCUUUAUUCUAGUGUGGCCUGCGUCAUCUGAAGACAAUUUAUGAUUUUGUGGAGAAGUAGUUAGCAAGUUAACUUGCUCAUCCGCUGUUUUUUUAAACCUUUUUCUUAUACAAGAAGGGCUAGCCAUGGUUCUCUCAACAAUCCAUUCCAAGCUCAGUUACUCAUAAAAAGGUUUUUGUAUGUGAUAAACAAAUGAAAUAAUGCAGUCUUAUA